UCUUCUGGGUGUAGACUACAGUGUCACAGUCCAACUAUGCAAAACGUUAACAGUUUCCUUCUGUGGAGUUUUCUACUGAAAAUGUGUUUCUACCUGGCAAGUUUUAAGGACUCAUAAGGAAGAAUUAACCUUACCAGCAUCUUUUAAACUGCAUGCUGUUACUUUCUCAAUGACUUCUAAGUGGUAAAAAAGAAUUCAUAACAUACUUGUGGACCUGACUUUUUUGUUUGAUCUGCUGUUUUGACCAACAUAAGCCAUGUUUCAUUCUAAGAAAGCCUUUUUGAAUUUUUUUACCCGCGUUGAAAUGGUCAGUCAUGAAACACAGCAAAUGAGAUUUACUAAGCGAGAUUUUGCUGUUGUUAUUUUUGGGCUUGUGGUUUAUAUAUCUGAUGUUGGAGCAGAUCUGUGGAUGGCAAAAAGCUUUUUAUGUGAAGGCCAGUAUUUGAGGGGUACCCUUAUACUGUCCACAGGACUGUUUUCAUCAAUAAUUAUUCAGCUUUUCAGUUACACCUGGUUUAAAGAAGAUAACGUUGAAAAGCUUGAUUGGAUGUUUUUUCUAUUACAUUCCUUAUAUGGUGGAAUAUUUAUAAGAUACUGCUUCACACUGAAACGUGGAUAUCAGGCUGCAUCAGACAGCUCCACCAACAACAUUCAUAACUUAUACAUCAAUGCAAUGGCUGAUAUAAGUAUGCUUCAGCUAUUUAAAGCCUUCCUGGAAAGCACACCCCAGCUUGUUCUUCAGAUCCACAUUGUGAUGGCAUCUGACCAUUCUACCUUUUAUCAGUAUGUUUCCAUCGCCUUGUCUUUCUGCAGCAUUUCCUGUGCAACAGUGAGCUAUCAGAUAAUUUUGCGAAAAUCUCUGCCCGAUAAAAAUGAAUUUAAUGGGAUAUUUUGCAAACUAAUAUAUCUUUUCUAUAAACUGAUGACAUUAACUUCUUGGAUACUUACCAUUGUGCUAGUCACAAUGUUCAGCAUUAUAGGUUCUAUUGUUCUGCUUAUAUUGCUUUGGUUUGGGAAUCUAAGCUGGGUGAUAAAGCAAAACACUGAAUUUUGUAAAUUUAAAGCAACAGAAUAUGUUUAUAGAAUGAUUGUGGGAAUCAUUCUCAUUUUUACCUUUUUUAAUAUCAAGGGAGAAAACACAGUAAUUGUUCAGACUGUUUAUUAUGUUUUUCGAAUAAUUGUAACUUUAAUUGUACUGUAUAUAUGUAUGUUCUGGAAAUCAUUAUUCGAUGAAAAACUAUAUUUGUCAGCAUUGAUUAUUGCAGCUGCAAUCUCCUUAGUACUAGGUAUUCUUUCUCUUAUUAUAUAUUAUGUUCUUUUUCAUCCUAAUAUUUAUUACACACACGAUGAAGUUGAUGGACCAGGACUAGAAAGAAAACAACCCUGCAGAAUUAGUAAAUUUCUGAUACAAUAAAGAACUGCUAGAUUUGGUCGGCAAAAAUCUGUAUGACCACUAGAUGGUAAUACAUAGUUUUGGGAAGUUUUAAUUCUU